CCGGAUUUGGAUGCUGCUCAAAGAAUUUCAUAUGACAUGUAUUUUUGCGUAUAUUACAGUAUUUGAUGGAUAAUAAAUAUAUUUAGGCACAUUAAGAAAAAGUUUAAGGUCUAUAGAUCAUUUUGGUAGCUGCCAUGGCGUCUUCCGCAAAGAGGCCCCGCAGACAUGUACGUCCCAGCUCCAAUAUGGCAAAAUUCAGGGAGCACUUUGCAAAAGCCAAACAUAUUGUGCUUUUAACAGGGGCAGGAGUUAGUGCUGAAAGUGGUGUUCCCACCUUUAGAGGAGCUGGGGGAUUGUGGAGAAAAUAUCAGGCAACGGAUCUUGCUACUCCUGAGGCCUUUGCUGCUAACCCAUCUUUAUUAUGGGAGUUCUACCAUUAUAGGCGCAACUCCAUGUUAGAUAAACGUCCUAAUGAUGCACAUAAAGCUAUAGCUGAAUGUGAGGCCAGGCUGGAAAAGCAGGAAAGGCGUGUUGUAAUCAUAACACAGAAUAUUGAUGAACUACAUGCAAAAGCAGGAUCAAAGAAUAUCAUUGAGUUACAUGGCAACCUAUUCAAAGUUCGUUGCACCAAAUGUGGACGCAUAGAUUAUACCAGAUCCCGAGUACUGUGCCCAGCUCUGGAAGGAAAAGGUGAGCCUGAUCCCAAAGCCAAAGAUGCUAGAAUUCCAGUGGAGGAUUUACCAAAAUGCAGUGAUCCUGACUGCAGAGGCCUUAUAAGACCUCAUGUUGUAUGGUUUGGUGAAGAUCUAGAUGAAGACAUCUUUAAGAGGGCUGAAGAGGAAUUAGAGCAGUGUGACCUCUGCUUAUUGGUUGGUACAUCGUCUGUAGUGUAUCCUGCCGCAAUGUUUGCACCAAACGUAGCAGCGCGAGGAGUUCCGGUUGCAGAAUUCAAUAUGGAGGACACUAAAGUAUCUGGACACUUUGGGUUCCAUUUUAGUGGUCCAGCAGGCGUGACAAUACCAAUUGCUUUGGCUGAACAUAAGAAUGAGAUUAUAGCCCAAGUGGAGUCAGAGCCUCUCAGUAAUGCACAGUUGCCUGAUAGUGAAGAAUCUGUCUCUAAUCAUUCGAAUGAUACAUCCGUAUCUGGAUCUACCAUAGAUUCAACAGGAUUUGAUUUCCCUCGUGGUAAAGAAGAAUCGGAGUCUACUCGUACCAAAAUGGAAUCAGAUUCUACUCAAGUCAAAACAGAAUCUGGAUCUCCUCAUGUCAAAUUAGAAUCGGACACUUCUCAUGUCAAAACAGAGUCAGACGACAGAAUAAAAGAGUCAGAGAUUACUCAAGUCAAAAUGGAAUCAGAUUCCCACAUUAAAACAGAAUCUCCCUAUGACAAAACACAGUCUGAUAUUUCUGAUGGCAAAACAAAUUCCAAUUCGCCAAAUUUAGCAGAGUCUGAUUCUACAAACGACCAAUCAGAAAAAAAUACACCAAAUGAACCUUAUAAAAUUGGAACAGGGGAAAAUGAUCUUACUGCUACUGAAAUCGUUGACCAUCCAUCAGGGCAAACAUAUGAACCUGAAAAUGAAGUAUCCAAUCCAAAAGGGAUUGAUACACAUGGGGAAAUUGUAAAUGAUUCAACUGAACCCCCUGUUUCUGAUACAAAUCAGCAAUGAUUUGAACAUCAUCUAGGUAAUGAAUCAUAUGAAAACUGAAUGUCACUUCAGUUUCAUAACAUGCUUAAACAAGGCAUUAAAUUGCAA